AUGGAAGUAUACACAAAAGCACCAACCGCCUACAGAAUUGAAAAUGUUGAUGUUCCUUCGAGGUAAAAAUAACAAUAACCUUAAGCUAUUUUCAACAUAAUUUUCUAAAGAUUAAUUUUAUAUUCAUAGAAAUCAUCUUAAACUUAUAUUUUUUUUUCAAUUAAUCAUACUUUUAUUUUUAUCAAAUUUUCAUAUAUUAGAUUUUCUUGGGAGAAAAAGCAGAUAUGUAUCAAAGAUAUGAUCUAAACAAAUUACCAAAACAUUAGCUCAGUAAUUUUAACAGCUAAAAUAAAUAGAUUAGAGUACAUCAUUAGAGUACAUUUUCCUAACUAACAAUCCAACUUUUAUAAAACAUUUUAUAGGUUUAGCUUAAAAAAUUAUUAGAAUUAAAGAAUUAUUAUUAUUAUAAAACAGAAAUUAUUUCCAAAUACAUUAUUUUUAAUUAAUCUAUAAUGUAAUUAAUGAAAUACAAUUAAUUUGAUUUUAUGUUUUUAUUAUAGUUACACACAUAAAUAAUUUAAAUAAAUAAAUACCAAAUUAUUGUAUAUAAAGUAUUAUACAAAAUGUCUUUUAAGGGUUUAUAUUUAUCAAUUUAAUAUUUUUUAUUUAUUUUUUGUUGUACAAUCUGUGAAAUAUUUUUUACAAUAAGUACAAGUGAUAAUAGUAGUUAAAAAUAAUUAAAAAAAUAAGUAUUUAACGAGACAGUAGUUGUGAUCGAAGAAGCCGAUUGGCUGAUUAGUGUUGGGACUUCGGGAUCAAUUUAAUAUGAUGAAAUAAUACAGAUUAUAUUUUUCCACCAUUAAAAAGUGACGAAUCAAUGUAAUCAUUGGUAAAUAGAGUCUUCAUUAAGAGUUUGAUAUUAAGGUAUAAAUAUUGUUUUUAUACUUUCAGCAGAUUUUUUUACUUGUAAAAGUAAUCCCCAAAUUUAAAUAUUCAUAAACACACAUGUACAUGUAUAUAUUUUUUUUUAAUAGAAAUUAAAAGUUAUGUUAAUACCAAGUGUGUAUUUGAUAAAUUAACUGAUAGAAAGGGAUAUCAUUUAUUCCAUAAUAAUAAUUGCUAGGUUUUCCGAUACACUGCUACUUAUAAAUUAAUCACCUUUUUAAAUUGUUUAAUAUCCACUUAUAAAUUACCUUUUAAUAUUAAGGUUAUUGGAAGCAAUGAUUUUAUGUCUUUGUUUUACACCCGUGCAAGGUGAGGAAUUUAGACAUUUAUAUAUUUAUUUAUUUAUUUAUUUAUUUAUUUAUUUAUUUAUUUAAAUACACGCCCCAAGAAAGAAUAAAGUACAAAUUAAUAACAAUUUUAUUUUACAUCAUUCUAAAUUAAUAUGUAAUAAGUAUAUAAUACAUUAAAAAGAAAAUGUUUUAUUUUCAACAAACCGAUUGGUCUAAUGUAUUGAUAACAAUUCUGAAAAUAGAUUUGAAUUUUUUGUCAAGUCUACUUGAAAUCGAUUUUCUUACUUUUUGAUUUUAAUUUUUCCAAAAAUCUUUAUUUUUUUUUUUCAGUGAAUUUUCAUUUUAAUUGGGAAAAACUAAGAAAAAUAAGAUAUACAUAUUGACAAUGUAAUAAUUUCAUGAUUUUACAUUUUUGUAAAUUAUUUUUUCUACUAGAAAUAUUACUUCAAUAAAAAAAAAAAUACUAGAGACCAUUGUUGCAUUUUUAAUCUAGUUAAUGAUUAAGAAGCAAAUUUUUUUAAUAACUGAAAACAAAAAACAGAAAGAACGCGAAAAUUUACAAAAAUAAUUUUAUUUCAUUAUUAUUUUAAAUCUCGUUUUUAAUUCUGAGUGGAGCGAUCAAUGAAUUGAUUUUACAAUGAUGUUUUUUUUUUUUCAGUGAAACUUUUCUUCCAGAAAUUGUACUUCAAUUUUCAAGUGUAACCCUUUUUUUGAAUCUGACUGGGAUGGCAAUUUAGGGAGGUAAUUUUUUGAUUUUCUCAAGAGUUUUCAUAAUAUAUGGGAAAAUCAUUGGAAAAAUGGAAAAUUUACAAAAUUUAUUAUUUUCAAAUUGUAAAUAUUAUGGCCUUUUAAAACAUGUAUAUUUUGUACCGAAUUAUUUUUCAUUAGCAAUGGAUAAUGGUUUAUAAUGUUAACAGGUAUAAACUAAAUAAUUUUAUGUAUCCUACCUUCCCAACUUCUCACCUACAACAGUAAUUCACCCAUGGUGUAAAAUAUGUCCAUUUUUAUUGAUUAAUUAUCUAAUUGGUACAUUGGAAGUAGAACACAUAAAUUAAUAUGUGGUGCGUGCAUACGACAGAUAGAAAAUUACUGCUUCCAAUCAUCUUAAAAUGUAUAUCUUAAGAUGAUUCAUUCAUUCACAUAAUUAAAUAUUUUAUAUCUGUCAAACUUAAAAAUAUUUUAGUAUCAUUCCUAAAAUAUUUGAAUGGUUUAUUAAUUACUGGAUUGAUAACAAAUGUUGCUAUCCUUUUAUAUAAGUAUAGUAUAAACAACCACAAUUGACUUGUUCAUGGUAUGUAGUAUUUAAUAUUUAUUAAACAAUUUAAACAGCUGUUGUUAUAUUAAAUCAAUCAUUUUGGAGUACUGAGUUGUAAAAUUUUAGUUAUUUUAGUAUUUAGGUACAAUAUUUGAUAAUCUGAAAUUUUGUGAACCACAUGUUUACAUGCACAUAUUUUAAAAAUGGAUUAGAAUAAAAUUUUACAAUAUAAUAGUACCUAUUACUCAUAGGCAUUUAUAUAUUUAUGCACAGUUCAUUUCAUUAAAAAUAAUUUACAAACACAUUUAUGAAUCUUUCAAUUGUUUUUAAAAAACAACAAAUUGUGUCAUAUGAUAAAUAUAAUGGAUUUCAUUAUUUUAUAUUCUUAAAUUUAUUAAUAUAAUUUUUGUAAAUUAUAAUUUUAAUUAUAUAAAUCUUAUUGUUUUCAUUUAAUUUCAUCAUUCAUGAUAUUCGUAUCAUUCAGAAAAAAAUUUGUUUCAUGUUUUAUUGUAUAGUUAACAGUGAUUUAUAUUGCUAUUUUUAUAAGUGAGUAGUAGUAGUAGUAGUAGUAGUAAUUUAUAUUAUUUCACAAAAUAUCAUACAAAGUUUUUAAUUAAAUUAAUGAAUAUUAAUUGCAUAUAAAAUUUUAAACAAGAUAUAUUUGAUGAUUAAUUUACACAAAAUAUUUUAUGUUUUAGUGAAGGAUUUAAAACUGAGAAACAAAUUUUUAUUGAACUGGAAAUGGAAAACGGCACAAUCAAAAGUGUUAAAAUGUCAGCACUACAACUGCAUAAUUUAAGACACAAUGUAGCCAAUUUAUUGAAGCAAACCAAUCGGCUUAAAACAAAACUUCAACAAAAUUAA